CUCUCUCUCUCUCUCUCUCUCUCUCUCUAGAAAGCCAUAGCAUCAAUAAAACCUGGAAAGAGGAAAGCUAGACAGCUCAAUUUCUCCUUCCUCUCCGCCCAUACAUAUCUCUCUCUCCAUCGAUCUGACCUACAUACACACAGAGAAAGUUAGAGAAGCAGCAGUCGUACAUGUAACCUAGCCUGGAGUUCUCCAAGCCAACGCUUCUUCUUCUUCUUCUUGGCUGCCGCCUGGCGAACCUCGCCGUAGUCUGAACGGCCAGGGAGGGGGGCAGCGAGGCGGCGGCGCCAGGGGAUAAUCAGAAGGAAUGUCGUCGUCGGGCCAGAUCGCACCGGCAGAACAAGUCUGCUACGUCCACUGCAACUUCUGCAACACCGUACUCGCGGUGAGUGUCCCUGGGAACAGCAUGUUCAACGUCGUGACGGUCCGGUGUGGGCACUGCACGAACCUGCUUUCGGUGAGCCUGAGAGGGCAGGUGCACUCGCCGCUCCCUGCUGCUGCACAGGCCCAGGAGAGCAGCCUGGGCAAGCCCAGUGGCAUCAACGGCUUCAUUCGUGAUCACAGCGUCUACAAUCACCCGGAGUUUGGUUCCUCUUCCACGUCGUCCUCCAAAUUCCAGCUGCCCACGAUGAUGUUCUCCUCGCAAAAUGAUCUGCUGCAUGAACAGACGCUACACGCACGCCCUCCGGAGAAGAGGCAGCGUGUUCCUUCUGCGUACAACAGAUUCAUCAAGGAAGAGAUACGAAGGAUCAAAGCAAACAACCCCGACAUUAGCCACAGGGAAGCCUUCAGCACCGCCGCAAAGAACUGGGCACAUUACCCAAACAUCCACUUCGGGCUAAACCCCGGGAGCGACGGUGGCAAGAGGCUCGCCGUCGACGAUGCCGCGCCGGCUGCCAAGAAGAUCCAAGGUUUCUGUUCAUAGACACGACGGGGUCGGGGUUCCAAACAAGAAAAAAUGUAUCUAUAUAUAGUAUUAGUGUAUCGCAUAUAUAUGUAUAUGUAUACGUACGUACUGCAUGUGAGUAACUAAAGAAGCAACAGAAAAAAGAAGAAGUCGCUACGUACCUUUUACCUUGUUUAUUAACUACGGCAAUGGAGUGAUCGGAGUCAGAUACAAACAAGACUGGAUAAAUAAAACUAGUGAUUGAUGCAAA